CUGAAGCACAUUCGUUGAUCGUUUCGUAUUAUCCCCUAUAACCUACGUACAAUGGCCCAAACUCCUUCAAAAAUACCCCUCCCAGCAAACAAAACCAUACCAAAGUCCCUCUCAAAUUUGACUCUCAGCGAUUUGCAAUCUUCGUUAAGAACAAGUCCAGCGCACGACAGGUCUAGUCCGGUCACACCUGUAGGAGUUGGUGGUCGGAGACUCAGUUUGAUCAAUGGUCAUGGGUCUGGACAUCCGCAUAGUUACUCGACCAGUGGCAUGAAUGGGAGGACAAAUAGGUCUAGCAAGAGCGAGAGUAUCAGCGAAAAUAUUGCUGUGCACUCUGAUGAUCCAGUGAUUCUGCGAACCCAGAUAACGUCUCUCAAGGCUGCAUUGGAGUCUGCAAAGAAGAAACUGUCAGAAGUUGAAAAUUAUCGUUCUGAUUCGCCCGUCUUACCAGAUAUUCCAUUCGUCACGCCUCUCAAAGUUAGCUUGAUCGAAGAGACUGGAGAAAAUGGGCAGACGUCUCCCUUGGAUUAUGAACCCCCGACAAGCGGCUCUCGUCCUUCGUCAAGAGGUCUCCCGUAUUCAAAGGGAAGUUAUGAUCUUAGAUGCCGGGCUAGCAUACCCAAAUCCGACGGCCGGAGUCGAAUACCGCAGGCAGUAGUCUCGCAAGCCACAGCUCUUCAUCCAACCCCGUCCAUUUCGUCCCCACGUCAAUCCUCUGCCUCUUCUCCCUCUCAUUCCUCAAUUCCCAAUCCUGACAGCUCUCUUCGCUCUCCAUUCUUCCCGCCAGGCUCUCCGCAAUCGUUUGGAGAAUGGCCCAGCCCUUCACCACAGCCUUCGGCUCAUGAAGGAUAUAGUCUCAGUCCCGGAUCGGCGGGGAGCGGGAGAAAGGUCAGCGGGUCCGCUGCGAGCACGAGGGUGAUUGAUUCAUUGCAGACGGAGCUGUUGAGCGUGAAGAACCAUUUGGAGAGAGUCAAAACUGAAGUGCGGGCGGGGCAACGGCGGGUUGAGCAGUUAACACGACAAAAAGAAGAUUUGCAAGAGACAAAAGAACGAAUGCGUGUAGAAAAUGACUCCCUCAACAAUGUCAUCGCCCGUAAAGAACGUCUUCUUCAAGAAAUCCUUGAACGUGCACGGACGGCUGAAACUUCCCUUAAGGACCUACAGCAAACCCACAAAUCGCUGGAACAAGCCACAAAAAAAAAGAUCCAGGAGAUGAAACAGCAGAUGAACGAUGCGAGGGUGGAGAAAACAAAGGCGGAGAGGGAAUGUGUGAGUUUAAGGGAUGGUGUGAAGAGUUUGAGAGAUGUUUGGGCAAGAGAGGUGAAGGCGUUGAAAGAGGAGAUACGGAGAAAGGAAGAGGGAGACAAGAAAGAGAUGGAGGAAGCGAGAAAUAAUUACAUUGCUCUAGCAGAACUCAUAGAAGCUCAAUCUGCCGAAAGAGCCUCUACUCAAGAACUCAUUAACAAAACCCUCUCAAACUAUACGGCACUCCACGGCCACUUCGAGACUGAAACUUCAUCGUUGAGAGCACGAGCUAAAGAGCUGGAAGACAUAGUGGAUAAACAGGCAAAGGAAAACGCCAGUGCUUUGCAACAGGUUGAGAAGUUGGCAGGAGAGUUGCAGAGGUUGAGACGACUUAUGCGGGAGAUGCCGAGUGAAGAGCUGGAUAAGGCCAUGACCGCUGGUAAUAAAGUCAACGACAGGAGCGAGGAGACGGACGAGGAGAAUCAGGCCGGCAAAGUGAAAAGCCAAAACGCAACGAAAACAGGAUGAAAACGACCAAGAGCAACCUUUACCAAGCAUAUAUCGAUUUCCUUGGAACCCUUUUCCCUUUCAUCAUAAAGACUUACCCUUUCUUUGUAUAUACAAUGUUUUGCCUUCACGAAUCUUCCACGAGUUUUCACGAUUCACAGUAAUGAUUCUCUCUCCUCUUUCAUUGUGCAUAGAUUUUUAGAGCAGAAAGUUGUUUCUUUUCGAUUUUUCAUUUGUAAUGUAGAGUAAAAUAUCUUGUAGCAUCUCCCGGCGGGCGGUUGAACAAUUGGCGGCAGACAUUGGUGAGA